AUGGAAUCGCAAUUAAACUGGAUGAAAUACUGUCAAGACCAUAUCAUCAAGAGGAUGAGGUCUGAUCGGUAUGGUUCACUUUUUUUAAACCCGGUUUUGGAGGCGAGCGAUUCCAUCAUUCCAGCUUACGUGAAGGAGAAUUAUAGACUCGUAAUAAAGAAUCCCAUGGACUAUAAGACUGUCAAGAGCAAGCUGGAAAAUGGAAUGUACAGUAAACCUGAGGAGUUUUUCGACGACAUGAAGCUCAUCUACGACAACUGUAUGAGAUUUAACCCUCCGGUGGGAGCCAGUAAGUGGGCGCACGACGCGGCGAUGUCCAACCUUAAAAAGUUCACUAAGAUGUGGGAGACUGCUUCCAAGACUGUUUACAGCUUGUACGAAAAGGACUGCAAGUCAUUCUCGGAGUCAGGCGCCUUGGAGGAGACUUCGCAGGCUCCGAGCUCGGUUCCGAACGACUUUCAGGUGCCGAUACUCAGCUCGACCAACUACCUGAACGAGAGUGACCUGAACAGCGCCCGAAUGAACGAGACUUCAGAGGGGCCUUUAUCGCCCAACGACAGCCUCAACCUGUUCUCGGAUCCCCUGAUCAACUCGCUGGACCUGCACUGUAACUUCAGCAACAACAUAACGCCGAGGAACAAGUGGUCGUUCAGGCUUAACCUGCAGAGCAUUCAGGAGUACAAGGUGAGGAACGGCUUCCUGAACCAGGCUCCAGAGAUCAACAGUUUCUCCAAUUAUCUGGACCCUGUGCCGGUUCCGGUGCCCGUCCCGGUGGUUGCCCCUGAGGUCCCAAUCGAGAACACUGCGAGCCCCGUGAACUUUGACGCCUAUCAGUCCGACGUCAUGAGCACAGUGCAGAGUUCAGUUGAUGUCCAAAACUUCGGACCCUACAACGAGUCGGCCUUGAACACAGUGGACGCGACGAUGGAGUACGGAGCACUAGAACAGGACUCGUCGCCCUCAUUCCCAGUCGAAGUGCCGGACAUGCUGUCCAAGAACGACGACGGAGUGGUCUGCGUGAGCUUCUUCUCGCAGGGCGAGUGCAACCGCCUCUUCCCGAACUGCAACAUCAUCGGCAUGAGCGCCGAGAAGCAGAACUACAACAUCAGCGACGUGUCGAUUCGCUACAUUUACAACCAGCUCUACAUGAACGACAUUAACCUGAAGUUCGACCAGAAGAAGGAGGUGGCCCAGGACCCGCAGACGCUCGAGGAGGAGUACAGGCUGAAGGAAAACAGGAGCAAGGUCAAGAUCAACUUCAGCAACAUCAGGGACGCAAACAAGUACUACGGCCCGAACUCGGUGAACUAUUACAAAAAAUCAGACUUAAACGUGCCGCAGGGCACGGAUGGCACUCAGCCUGGGGCCCAGAGGAAGCAUCCUCGAGUGAACGUUUUCUACGGAUCCGAAGACUCGGACGAAAAUGGCCAUCAGGCUGAUAUGUCCACAGGUCGCUUUACAAAACUGGUUAACAAGUUCGUGGGCAACGGCACUGGCGUUGAUGCCAACCUGGCCAGCAGCCGGGGCGUGGGAUCCGACGGCGGCAACGACGGAGACCGUGACGCGUACAGCAACGGUGUCGGCAGCGGCAAGGAGUUGCACUCGGCAGUGCCUCCCGAGCUCAUGCCCGCCCCGGGCACGUAUCGUCUCAAAGGGCCCCCGGGGGACGCAUUGCCGCCCAGGGACGACGUCGUCGACCUCUUCAUCGAGAUCGACUCGAACUCCAUUCUCAACGUGUCCGAGGCUGAGGGGCUCCUGGAGCGCAACCUGUUCAGCAGAGUCGCCGUCAAGGGCCAGUUCUUCAAGAUUUACGAGAAGCCGGACCUGUCGCUGCUCUGCGGCAACGACGGCUACUUCAAGCUCGACGAGUCCGGCUUCGUCUUCGAGGACGCAGACAUGAAGCACAUCCGCAUCUUCUUCUUCAACUGCUCCAAGAGCAGGGUGCGCGUGUCGUGCAAGCGCUCCACGUUCACCGAGCUCGUGCUGCAGAACCGCUACAACUUUUCGCUCGUGAGCAACCUGCACAACGAGUUCAAGCUCGGCAACGUGUCGAACCUGCCCUUUUUCACCCUGCCCAACUCCACGCCCAUUUGCUUUUCGAAGCAGCAGGACAUUCUUUACCGGUUUCAGCAGAUUCACAACUCCCUCCCCGUGAAGCUUUUGGCUUUGCACAUCAUUUCACCUCAAAUCUGCCGUUUAUAA